CUGUGAUGAGCGCGCAGAGAGAAGCCAGCCUCGAGAAGGGUGGUCCAGCCCUCUCCUCGCCCUCCUACCAUGUCCCUAGUGUUGUGAGACCCACCACACCACCCACACCACCUACACCAUGGCACACUCCACCAUGAACGGCCACAACACCGCCGCCACCACCAAAAGGGUCUACAAAGUGGUGUUGACUGGAGGUCCCUGCGGCGGCAAGACAACUGGGCAGUCGAGAUUAUGUACUUUUUUUGAGAACAUGGGGUGGAAGGUGUACCGUGUUCCGGAGACAGCCACUGUACUGCUCAGCGGUGGCAUCAAGUUUGGGGACCUUUCAGAAGAUGAUGCUGUGAUAUUUCAAGAGAACCUGCUGAAAUCUAUGAUGCAGAUAGAGAACACCUUCUUCUCCCUCGCUGAGACCUGCUCCAAGAACUGCCUGGUGAUCUGUGACCGAGGCACCAUGGACGCUUCCGCCUUCAUCCCGGAGGAGAGGUGGGAGGAGAUCAUGCGUCGAAAUGGAUGGAAUCCCGUCGACCUGCGGGACACUCGCUACAACCAGAUCAUCCACAUGGUGUCCGCCGCCAAUGGUGCCGAGGCUUUCUACUCCACUGAGGACCACGCCACCCGCAGUGAGAACCUGUCCCUGGCACGGCACCUGGACAACCGCGCCGCCGAGGCUUGGGUGGGACAUCCCUACUUUGACGUCAUUGAUAACUCUACAGAAUUUGACUCAAAGAUUCGCCGUAUGAUCAGCGCGGUGUGCCUCAAGCUGGGCAUUGACACUGGUGACCGCCUCAGUUCCAACGCCCGCAAGGUCAAGUUCCUGGUGAAGGGACCUCUGCCGCAGGACUCUGUGUUCCCCAACUUCCAGGAUUUCAACGUGGAACACAUUUACCUGCGCACAAAUUCCAGGAAAAUGCAAGCCAGACUCAGGAAAAGAGGGAAAAAUGGCCACCACAGCUACACCCACACCAUUCGCAAGCCAGAGCAGCUGGGUCAGAUCGUGGAGGUUAAGACGCCCAUAAGCCAGAGGGAUUGGACCAACAUGUCUGCCCAGAUGGACGAACACCACCUCAAGAUCUUCAAGAAGAGGCGCUGUUUCCUUCACAACAACCAGUACUUCCAGCUUGACAUCUACCAAGAGCCUUGCCAUAAGAGGUGUGAGGGUCUGAUCCUGCUGGAGACGUACACAACACUAACAUCGGAGGAGCUGCAGCGACGCCUCCCCUCCUUCCUCAAGAUAGAGAGUGACGUGACAGGCCGGCCGGACUACUCUAUGUUCAACCUCAGUCUGCGGGACGAGUGGGGCGUCACCAACAAGUUCUGUGUCAACAUUGCAGUUGCCGCAGACCACAACGAGCCAGCGUGCGGAUCCUGCCCCAGCUCGGACCUCGACCUGCAGCGCCGCCAACGUCCCGACACGUCCCCGAACUCCACCUUAGCCUCCAUCGCACCCUACAACCCUAUCCUGCCUUGCGAGAUGGAGAUGAGGAACAAGGAUGGGGAGCUGGUUGUGGGAUCUGCGCCAGCCAACCCUGUGUGUGUGGCAGCCACCCCUAUACGGAUUACUAAUGGGUUCAAUGCGCCAGAACACUAGUCUAGGGGGUUCUUAGGCCAUGUGGCUGCUGGAAAUAGGAUCUGGGGAUGUUUUGGAGGGUUUAUUUGAUGAGGAAGAGGAUCAGAGAGUGUCUGUUAAGUGAGGAAGAGAAUCAGGGAAUGUUUAAGUGAGGAAGAGAAUCAGGGAGUCUUUAUCGAGUAGGGAAGAUUAUUAAUGUGUUUUUCACUAGUAUGAAGAUGUUUUUUUGUCUGUUUAUUGAAGAGUAGAAGGGAUCAGAGUGCACUUUUUAUCUAGUGAGGAGAAUCGAGAGGUGUCUAAAAAGGAUUCAGGCAUUUUUAUCAAGCGGCAGAGAAUCAAGGAAUUUGUCUAUUUAAGGGAACAAGAUCAAGUUGUUGUUUUUUUUAGCAAUGACAAUGAGACUUUAUAGGUUGUUUUUUUUUAUAUCUAUAGAGGAAAGGAUUGUGGGAGUACAUUGAAAUAGUUAGCAGGAUCAAGGUGGUUUUACUGAUGCGGAAAGCAGAAUGAAAGAAAGGAAGGAGAGAAUGAAAAGGAGAAUGAAAGGAAGGAAGGAAGGAAGGGAUGAAAAAGGAGAAUGAAAGGAAGGAAGUAAGGGAUAAAAAGGUGAAU